GGAAACAUAGACUUAGAUAGGAAAGACUAGUGGUCUGUGUAGAAGUUCCAUCCACCGAAUCUGCUGGCUGCACCCCCUUAUCUAUAUAUAGUUUAUUUUAUGCAUCAAAAGAUAGAUCCUCACAAGAAGCAUACAUAGCAACAAUCAACAAAAAGUUUACAUAAAAUGGAAGACAAAGGUUCAACAAAGAAAUUUAUGGAAGAUGAUGAAAAGCCAUCAUAUGAUGAUAACAAUAUAGAUUCACAAAUCAAGAAGACCGAUGGACCUUCUUCCUCUCAUAACAAUACUCAAGGAUCUACUCUUUUAUUAAGUUUGAGCCUUAAUAACACAACACAACUUCCGCAUCAAAUUCAAGCAAAGCCUCAAAUUCAAAUUGGGAAGCUCCGAGUGAAGCUUGAGGAAGAAAAGAAGGAGAAUGAAAAUUUGAAAGCAAUGUUAAAUGUGGUCAACGAACGAUGCAUUGUUCUUCAAAAUCGUUUACUUGUGGCGAUGCAUAUGCAUCAAAUAUCUUCAUCGCCUCAAAAUAAUAACAACUUGCCGAAGGGAAAUGGACAAGAUGCGGAGAAAUCAAUGUUACCUACUCGCCAGUUCUUUGACGAACCUUCAUCUUCAGAUUGUAGCAAAAAAGAAGGAUUUCAAAACAAUGAAAACAGCAUGGGAAGAAACUUUGCAUGUGAGAACAUUAAUGAAGGUGAAAUAAAUAAAAAAAUAGAGGAUGAAUCAUCUGAGGUUAGCUGCAGGAGAGCUAGAGUGUCCAUUAGGGCACGAUCAGAUUUUUCUUUGAUGAUGGAUGGGUGUCAAUGGAGAAAGUAUGGUCAAAAGACAGCUAAGGGCAACCCUUGUCCACGGGCCUAUUAUCGUUGUAGUAUGGGAACUUCAUGUCCAGUUCGUAAGCAGGUACAAAGGUGUUUCAAGGAUGAAAGUGUUUUCAUCACAACCUAUGAAGGGAACCACAAUCAUCAACUUCCACAAGCAGCAAAACCAAUUGCAAACUUAAUAUCAUCAGCACUCAACACAUUCUUUACAAACUCAUCCACAAGUUUACAAUAUGGCAACAAUCUAUCAAACACAUUCCUCUUCUCUUCACCAUUAUCUCCACCAAACUCAAAUGCUAUAGCUACUUUCUCUCCAUCUCCAACAUGUCCAAUAAUUACACUUGAUUUUACACUCCCUCCAAGUAAUUUCUUGCAAUUCAAAAACCACAAACAAUCAUCAUCAUUGUUCCCUUUUCCAUUGCAAGGUUACCCUCAAUCAUUUGAGGGUUUUCCAAAUAUGAUAAAUAAUGAGAGAAAACUUGCUUUGGUUGAUGUUGUGAGUGAAGCUAUAGCUAAAGAUCCUUCUCUUAAGGCAACAUUAUUUGCAGCUAUGUCAUCAUUCACAAAUGGAUCAGAUCCUUUAAAUAUUAAUAACCUUAGCCAACCUAGUAAGAGUGAUUAGGACCCUUGUUCUAGCCUUAAACUUUUUCAUUUUAUAUCUUAGUUAGUUAUAAAAAGUUGGAUUUGGAUCCUCUCCCACUAUACAGCGGUGCCAUAAAAAAAAAUUACUUGUUAAAAAGUGUUAUUGCAUGCCAAGGUACGUUGUUCUAGUAAAAAAAAGAUAUUGUUGCACGGAUGUAUUGUGCGUGAGAAUCAGAGUCAUAUAUGGUUUUCAAUUGCGGUUAUAUAGUUACAUUACAAAUAUGUACAUUGAGUAAAUUGUGUAAUAGAUGUUGCCACAAUUGCGGUUGCGAUGCCGUUGUUGGUAUCUUUAUAUGUGCAUUAUAUUGUGCCCAAAAUUGAGGUGGUGCCACAAUUUUAAACAAUGAUUGGACUCCAAAAAUUUGUAAUAUAAAGUAAAUCAAACAGUGA